GAAUUUUUUAUUAGAUAAUAUCUUGCCAUCGAGUUCAAGCUUGAAGACCCAUUACUUAGUGGGCCUACCACUUAAAGCCCAGACCUACGAAUGUCGGUCGAUUUCGACAAUGGAGCAAUAAAAUCUGUUUCGCUGAUAAGAGAAGUUAGGGCUCCUUGCUUGCACGAGAGAUUAUCCUUCCAACGUCGGUUAAAAGUAACAAUUUUUCGAUCUGUACGUAUGGCGGCAGAGCAGAAGGCGACGACAGAAGAAGUAAAGAUGGAUCUGUUCGAGGACGAUGAUGAGUUCGAGGAGUUUGAAAUCAACCAAGAUUGGGUGGAGAACGAGGAGCAAGUGAAGGAAGUUGGUCUGCAAUGGGAAGAUGACUGGGACGAUGAUGAUGUCAGUGACGACUUCUCGCAUCAGCUAAGGAAGGAACUUGAGACCAUUUCUGCUGAUAAGAAAUGAGGUCUUCAUUUGAUUUGCUUCUUACCUCCUUUCCCUGCACAUUUUACUCUUGGAUGCAAGUUCCUAUCUUUGCUGAUAAUAAAUCUCGACUUUUAUGA